GCCCCGGCCGGCGUCUGCGCCGUCCCCGUCCCUCCCCGGGCCCGAGCCCCCCUCCCGCUCGCCAGCCCCAUGGAGCAGCUGCUGCGCGCCGAGCUGCGCACCGCGACCCUGCGGGCCUUCGGGAGCCCCGGGGCCGGCUGCAUCAGCGAAGGGCAAGCCUACCACACGGAUGCAGGCCCCAUUUUCGUCAAGGUCAACCGCCGGACGCAGGCGCGGCUGAUGUUCGAGGGAGAGAGGGCCAGCCUGGAGGCCCUCCAGACCACCGGCUCGGUGCGGGUACCCCGGCCCAUCAAGGUCAUUGACCUGCCUGGCGGUGGGGCUGCCUUUGUGAUGGAGUAUCUGAAGAUGAGGAGCUUGAGGAGUCAGGCAUCAAAACUUGGAGACCAGAUGGCAGAUUUGCACCUUUACAACCAGAAGCUCAAGGAUAAGUUGAAGGCGGAGGAGAACACAGUGGGCGGGAGACCUGAGGGCUCUGAGCCUCAGUAUGUGAGCAAGUUUGGCUUCCACACGGUGACCUGCUGUGGCUUCAUCCCUCAGUGGCUGUGCUGGGUUUGGGCGGUCUCCGCAGCAGCAGCAGCAGCCUUGACCCUCAUUGCCCAGGUGAAUGAGUGGCAGGAUGACUGGCCAACCUUCUUUGCCCGGCACCGUCUCCAAGCACAGCUGGACCUCAUUGAAAAGGACUAUGCUGACCGAGAGGCACGAGAACUCUGGUCACAACUACAGGUGAAGAUCCCGGGUCUGUUUUGUGGUCUAGAGAUCGUCCCUGCCCUUCUUCACGGGGAUCUCUGGUCAGGAAACGUGGCUGAGGACGACUCAGGGCCCAUCGUUUAUGACCCAGCUUCCUUCUAUGGACAUUCUGAGUUUGAAAUGGCAAUUGCUUUGAUGUUCGGGGGCUUUCCCAGCUCCUUCUUCACUGCCUACCACCGGAAGAUCCCCAAGGCUCCAGGGUUCGACAAGCGGCUGCUGCUCUAUCAGCUCUUUAACUACCUAAACCACUGGAACCACUUUGGGAGGCAGUACAGGAGCCCGUCCCUGGGCACCAUGAGGAAGCUUCUCAAGUAGCAGCGAGCCUGCGUCCCCUGACUCCCUGCUUAGAAAAUAACUGGGGAGCAACACCAGAGAUGGCGUCGGGUACUAAUAAAGUCCGGGCGGUUCAGGGAUGAAA